AUACCAACAACGAAAAAAAAAAAAAAGUUGUUUAAAAAAUUAAAAAUUAAACAAUUCUUCUAACCAAAUGGAGAAACAAGGUCUGGAACUUGAAAUUACAGAGCUUAGAUUAGGUCUUCCAGGCGGCGGUGACAACAAGAUUAAUGAGAAGAAAAGGGUUUUCUCGGAUAUCUCAGCAGAUGAAGCGAAUGCCACAAACGAUGAUCGGAAAAUUCAUACGAAGAGCCAAGUCGUGGGGUGGCCGCCGGUGUGUUCCUAUCGGAAGAAGAACAGUUUUAACGAGAAAGAUCGCCUGGAAACAUCGAAAAUGUACGUGAAAGUUAGCAUGGAUGGGGCUCCUUUUCUUCGUAAAAUUGAUUUGGGGAUGCACAAAGGUUACUCGGAUCUUGCCAUGGCGUUGGAGAAGCUCUUUGGUUGUUUCGGCAUAAGUGAGGCAUUAAAGGAUGCAGACAGCUCUGAAUUUUCUCCCAUUUAUGAAGACAGAGAUGGAGACUGGAUGUUAGCAGGAGACGUACCUUGGGAGAUGUUUAUUGAAUCAUGCAAGAGGCUAAGGAUCAUGAAGUGAUCAGAGGCCAAGGGAUUUGGGUUGCAGCCAAGUGGUGCUCUCAAGGGAAUUUCGAAAAAUGACAAGUGAUUUGAAGUUGAUCGAUCAUUUUCGUAUACAGUUGAUUAAUUUCUGUUUGAUGUUGUUUAUUUAUUUGAUCAAGAAGACUAUGACUCUUUUACGUCUUAUAGCUAAACUGGGAAUGGGAUAGAACCCUUGAUAGGAAAGAUCAUUUUCCUUUUUCAUAUCAUUUGAUCUUGU